UGCCAAAAAAACAAAAAAUAAACUCAUUAAAUAUGUGUAGAUAUGUCAUAAUAAGAAGAGUAAAGGGUUUGAGUAAAUCUGAAAAGCAGAGAGGAAGAAGCAGAGGAGGAGGAGAAAGAGGGAAGCUUCUCAAGAAGUUCAGUGAUAAAUUUAUCUCAACGACCCGAAUCAGAUGGAAGGGGGUGGCAAACCGGAUAAAACAGAAUUCACAGAAUGCUGGCGGACAAGUUGGAAAACACCAUACAUAAUGCGACUUGCUCUAUCAGCCGGCAUUGGAGGGCUCCUAUUUGGUUAUGACACCGGUGUUAUUUCUGGUGCCCUGCUGUACAUCCGGGACGACUUCAAAUCUGUCGAUAGGAAGACAUGGCUACAGGAAACCAUUGUGAGCAUGGCAGUUGCAGGAGCUAUAAUUGGUGCAGCCUUUGGUGGAUGGAUGAACGACAAGUUCGGGAGGAAAAAAUCGAUUCUUAUGGCUGAUUUUCUGUUCUUUAUCGGUGCAAUAGUCAUGGCUGUUGCUCCGGCUCCCUGGGUGAUAAUUAUUGGACGAAUACUUGUAGGUCUUGGAGUUGGAAUGGCUUCCAUGACCUCACCUCUCUAUAUUUCAGAAGCUUCUCCUGCUAGAAUUAGGGGAGCACUUGUCAGCACAAAUGGUUUGCUGAUCACCGGAGGACAGUUCCUGUCGUAUCUCAUCAACCUCGCAUUCACAAAGGCACCAGGUACCUGGCGAUGGAUGGUAGGGGUUGCUGGUGUUCCUGCUCUUGUUCAGUUUAUACUGAUGCUGUUACUUCCUGAGUCUCCUAGAUGGCUCUAUAGGCAGAAUAAGGUACACGAGGCCCAGGCCAUCUUAGAGAAGAUCUACCCUGCUAACGAAGUUGAAGAAGAAAUGAAAGCCCUACAAUCAUCGGUUGAAGCUGAAAAGGUGGAGGAAGCUGCCAUCGGGGAUGGCAUGUUUUCAAAAAUAAAGAGUGCUUGGAAAAACAAUGUGGUUAGGAGAGGCCUCUACGCAGGGAUCACAGUUCAAGUGGCUCAGCAAUUUGUGGGUAUAAACACUGUCAUGUAUUACAGUCCAACCAUAGUUCAACUGGCCGGUUACGCUUCAAAUAAGACUGCCUUAGCUCUCUCUCUCAUCACUUCCGGUCUCAAUGCUCUUGGCUCAAUUGUUAGUAUGGUUACUGUUGACAGAUAUGGGAGGAGGAGGUUGAUGAUUUUGUCGAUGAUUGGGAUUAUUGUCUGCCUCGUGGCCUUAUCGGUUGUGUUCUUCCAAGCAUCUGUUCACUCUCCACCAAUUAGUAGGUUCGAAUCCACGCGAUUUGGCGGGAACUCUACGUGUUCAAGUUAUUUGUCAGCACAGGAUGCAUCAUCUUGGAGUUGUACGAAAUGUUUGAAAGCAGCAUCAGACUGUGCAUUUUGUGCUAAUUCACCUAACAAAUAUCUUCCGGGAGCAUGCUUGGCUGCAAGCGAUGCUACGAGAGAUGCCUGCCGCACAGAAUAUCGUACAUGGUACACGAAGGGCUGUCCAACCAAAUUCGGGGCUUUAGCAGUCCUACUUCUGGGAUUGUACAUCAUAAUGUACUCACCGGGGAUGGGAACAGUACCGUGGAUUGUGAACUCAGAGAUAUACCCGUUGAGAUACAGAGGCAUCGGAGGAGGGAUAGCAGCAGUUAGUAACUGGAUUUCAAAUCUGCUCGUCAGUGAGACAUUCUUAACUUUAACUGAGGCAGUUGGCUCUGCAGGCACUCUUUUUGCCGGGUUUUCGUUUCUGGGACUAAUAGCGAUAUUUUUCCUUGUACCGGAGACGAAAGGAUUGCCAUUUGAGGAAGUUGAGAAGAUGCUGGAAAAGGGGUACAGGCCAAGCAUUUGUUCCAAGCAAAAGGAUGUCGAUCCUGCUUGAGCUAACCUUAGAAUCUGUUUUACAACUGUUUUAAUUUAGAUCAGUUGGAAUUAGAAUCUUGUCUCAGACUAAUGGUAAUUUUACCUAUUAGAUUGCCGUUUAGUCGCUAGACAAGAUUAUUUUUAUGUUUUUUUUUUUAAGAGAUUAAAAAGAACAUGAGAUGUGAUGUUUUUUCUUUA